AUGUCUGUUCAAUACGCUUACUAUCGUCCAACAACACCCCCGGACGUCCCAUUGAGCGCGGCACAUAGUCGCCAUGCCUCAGACUCAUCCGUUUACUCUACCGACGCUUCGUCUCCCUGGUCUGCGACGACAUCUGCAACUAGCCCUGGCGGCUCACCACCCCGGAAGCUUCAUCACGGGCCAGCACUUCUUCCUAAGAUCCGGCCCCAGGAUGUUGUGGUUGAGCCUGCUCCCCCAGCUGGAUCGCGUCAACGUCGCAGCACGCGGAAUCUACCAGCUCCCUUGCCGUACGUUCAUGGCAACUCAGGAGCUCAGCAGAGCGCUCAUCUUGCAUCCCCGGCUGCUCCGGGGUACAGCUCAAGCAAUGGCGUGGCUCUAUUGUCGCCAGUGAGCAUCACAUCAUCGAACAAGCGCAAGGCAUCGUCUUCCCCUGAGGGUCAUUCCCGGCAUGUAUCUGAAUCGAGAAACCGUGAGGCGAUGCUGGAACGAUAUGGCUAUCCUACAUACCGACAGCUGCCCAGGUACAUUGUUCCGUCUACGCCAGCGACUCCGAAUAUCGUUGUGCAUCCACCGCACUUGCAGCAGCGUUCGACGGCCGAAUACACAUAUCAGCAGUCACCAGUGGCCGUAUCGAAGACACCACAGUACUACUACCAGCACUCACACACCCAAAAUGUCCAUCCAUACCCCGCUGGCUCGGUCUAUCGCUCUGAGGAAGUGCAAGAGUCAACAACAACAACAAUGUUGUCGUACCUGACGGCACCUACGCAGGCGAUCAAGCUGGUGCGAAACGUCAACGUCGUGCCAACCAGAGGAAUGCACGAUUACUUCUGGUGGGACAUCCGCAACCUACGCAGCUGGACAUCGUUCCAACCCUCCACAUUCGACUCAAUUGAUUGCCUAACGAAACUUCUAACGACGGAAAUCCCAUCAUACCUCACCCCGCCGACCAUGGUCCAUCCUUCACGUCUCGCACCUGAAUGCGAAACCACCUUAAUCGGUUUGGUCAAUGACAUCUACGCCCCCCGCGUCAACGCAGCGCUGGCUGUAUCCCAAGGCACGAACCACUUACGGCUCUACGCAGCACCCGGAGUGCGGACCUCUGUGAACAAGAACUACGGCGGACCGCACUUCCUUGCUAACUACUCAACCGACACGGACCAGACAAGCUCGGGGCUGCCCCGGGGCCGACUCGUCGGGAUAGUUAGAAGCUUUGACCGGUGGAACACAGGGAUGCGCAAAGAAGCGGAACCAAGACGGGUUGAGUACUUGAACGGUCUCGCACACUUGCAGCGAUGCAUGCGCGAACACAACUGUCGAUACGGGUUCAUAAUGACCGAAAUCGAACUUGUUUGCAUACGCGCAGGUUGCGACAACGGCGACGCCGAAGCAGUCCCAUACUUCGGCUUCCUCGAAAUCUCCCCUCCCAUCCCAACCAAAACCUCCGACGACGAUACCCGAUUCCAAUCCCCCGCUCUAUCUAGCACAGGCAUCGACGGCCUCUCAUCCUCAACCUCGUCCACCCGCAGCCGCAGCAGCAGUUACUCGCCCAUCCCUGACCGCAAAACACACCCCUACUACAAUACAUAUGCAAACACACAAACCCUCGAUGUCCCCCUAACGACAACCCUAGCUCUUUAUUUUCUCCUCAUGCUUUCGAAGGAUACGCCACUGCCCUCUCAGCCCUCACCGCACGUCAACGUUGGCGGACCAGGCGCGCUUACUCGGCAGAAGGUUCUGCCAGAGGGCAGGGAUAAGUGGAUUCCGAAGGUGCAUGCUGGGGAGACGAGAGAUGCGAAGAGGGUUAGGGGGUGGGUGUGGCCGGAGGAUCCAUGGCAUAGGCGGGAGAGGGGCGGACAAAGGGUAGCGUAG